AUGUCGAACGCAGAUUCCGCGCAAGAAUAUCAUCAACGGGCGAGGCUCUUCCGGACGAUGAGUGCAGUAUUACAAUUCACCGCAGCCGAGGUAUCGCAUGCAAGGAGAGUGCGCGACUACAUGCAAGCUAACCCAGGGGGAACACGGCCGAGACCGAGACUCCCUGGGGCAACGGAUGGCUUGCAAGAAGCCGUCACGGUCUUGCAGGCAGCUAGAGCUUCGAUGCAGCAAGCGGCCAAUCGGCUGGAUGACUCGGCGGCCGAGAUAGGCUUUAUACUGCGAGAGCAGGUUCCGGCUUAUGCGGAUUGGUCUUUUGCGAGUCUGGGGCCGGUGGGUGGAGGCGUUCAAUGGGGGAGUGCUCUUGAGCAGGCUCGGGGUGGUGGUGCGGUUCACCAGACUGGAGAAGAGGUUGAUGACGCCUCUGAGCAAGUGGGUGGUUCUCAGAACUCGGAUGAUGCGUAUGAGAAAAUGGAUGUCUCGGAUGAUGUCUCAAGUGACCGGACGGAUACAUCAGUUGGUUCUGACAUCUCCGCUGGUGUCAAAGGUGGACGGGUUGAAGAUGCGCACGGCGCAGAUGCUGUCAAACAUGAACAGCCUCAUGCCCCACCCAGGUCAAGCGAUGUCAAGCAUGAACAAGUUGGCUCAGUCGAUACUUCCCGUGAAAUGGAUCCAUCGGAUCCAUCUGAUACUUCGGAUGGGGAUUCCGGCACUUUGGAUGAAUCAGACGAUAUGUCCGAUGAUAAGACCAACAACACGGAUGAUGUUGAUGCGGGUGAUCAGGAUUACCAGACAGACGGUAGUGGCGAAACGGAUGAUCAACUGUAUGAUGCUGAUUACAGGCAUGAUGGGACAAGCAGCGACUCAUCCACAUCUGACUUUUAA